AUGGGGGUCAUCGUGUGGUGGGGGUCCACUUGGGGGUCAUCGUGUGGUGGGGGGGGUCCACAUGGGAGUCAUCGUGUGGUGGGGGGGGUCCACAUGGGGGUCAUCGUGUGGUGGGGGUCCACAUGGGGGUCAUCGUGUGGUGGGGGUCCACUUGGGGGUCAUCGUGUGGUGGGGGGGGUCCACAUGGGAGUCAUCGUGUGGUGGGGGGGGUCCACAUGGGAGUCAUCGUGUGGUGGGGGUCCACAUGGGGGUCAUCGUGUGGUGGGGGUCCACAUGGGAGUCAUCGUGUGGUGGGGGGGGUCCACAUGGGAGUCAUCGUGUGGUGGGGGUCCACAUGGGAGUCAUCGUGUGGUGGGGGGGGUCCACAUGGGGGUCAUCGUGUGGUGGGGGGGGUCCACAUGGGGGUCAUCGUGUGGUGGGGGUCCACAUGGGGGUCAUCGUGUGGUGGGGGGGGUCCACAUGGGAGUCAUCGUGUGGUGGGGGGGGUCCACAUGGGGGUCAUCGUGUGGUGGGGGGGGUCCACAUGGGGGUCAUCGUGCGGUGGGGGUCCACAUGGGAGUCAUCGUGUGGUGGGGGUCCACAUGGGGGUCAUCGUGUGGUGGGGGUCCACAUGGGGGUCAUCGUGUGGUGGGGGGGGUCCACAUGGGGGUCAUCGUGUGGUGGGGGUCCACAUGGGAGUCAUCGUGUGGUGGGGGGGGUCCACAUGGGGGUCAUCGUGUGGUGGGGGUCCACAUGGGAGUCAUCGUGUGGUGGGGGGGGGUCCACAUGGGGGUCAUCGUGUGGUGGGGGUCCACAUGGGAGUCAUCGUGUGGUGGGGGGGGUCCACAUGGGGGUCAUCGUGUGGUGGGGGUCCACAUGGGGGUCAUCGUGUGGUGGGGGGGGUCCACAUGGGGGUCAUCGUGUGGUGGGGGUCCACAUGGGAGUCAUCGUGUGGUGGGGGGGGGUCCACAUGGGGGUCAUCGUGUGGUGGGGGUCCACAUGGGGGUCAUCGUGUGGUGGGGGGGGUCCACAUGGGAGUCAUCGUGUGGUGGGGGGGGUCCACAUGGGGGUCAUCGUGUGGUGGGGGGGGUCCACAUGGGAGUCAUCGUGUGGUGGGGGUCCACAUGGGGGUCAUCGUGUGGUGGGGGGGGUCCACAUGGGGGUCUUCGUGUGGUGGGGGUCCACAUGGGAGUCAUCGUGUGGUGGGGGGGGUCCACAUGGGAGUCAUCGUGUGGUGGGGGGGGUACACAUGGGAGUCAUCGUGUGGUGGGGGGGGUCCACAUGGGGGUCAUCGUGUGGGGGGGGUCCACAUGGGAGUCAUCGUGUGAUAUCCUUUGCAUCUCUACUACCUGA